CAACACACAGCAACCAGCUUGUGUCCCUGCUUCUGGCACCUCUGAGCUCACCACACACAGACACACUGCAUCUCCAGUCCCACCAAUUCCCCCGGCCAUUGCUCCCAUACCCUCAGGCGGUUUCCACUCAACAUCUGGCUACUGCAAUCCACUCCCCUAUCUCCCAAUGAAGACUGAUUUGGUGGGGAUGUCAGGCCCAAAAGAAGAGGCCAGCAAGAAGGAGAUUUGUGGCAUAGAGUCAUUGAACAGCCAAGGCAGCCUGGACUCCAACAGGGAGCAUGACAGAGCUUCUUUCACCCUGACCCUCACCCUCUACAAUGUGAGGAAGACUGAGCUCUCUAAGGCAACUGAAGUCUUUGAGAUGUUUGAAACUCAAAUCCAUCACUUUGAAACCCGUGGAGCCAAAAAGCCCAAGAACUCUGUGGAUGAUCUUGACAUUUUUGUUGAAUGUGAAGUUCACAGUCCUGAUGUUGGUAUCCUUAUCACCUCCUUAAAGAGAGUAGCAAAGGAUGUGAAAACCAGCAGAGAAGACAAAGUACCCUGGUUCCCCAGAAAAAUCCAAGAUCUGGACAAGUGUCACCAUCUCAUCACUAAAUAUGAUCCCAGUUUGGACCAUGGUCACCCUGGAUACUCUGACCUGGAGUACAACAAACGGAGAGCAUUCUUUGCUGACCUGGCCGUUAACUACAGAGCAGGAGACGCUUUACCUCACAUUGAGUACACGGCACAGGAAACAGCAACCUGGAGAGAAGUCUACAGGAAGCUGAGGAGCCUUUACCCUACCCAUGCCUGUACACAGUUCCUGGAUGCCUUCCAGCAGCUCGAGCAGCACUGUGGCUACCGAGAGGAUAACAUUCCUCAGCUCCAGGAUGUUUCCAGAUUUUUAAAAGAGAGAACAGGUUUCCAACUGAGACCAGCUGCAGGACAGCUGUCUGCUCGGGACUUCCUUGGCAGCCUGGCAUUUCGUGUUUUUCCAUGCACACAGUAUAUAAGGCAUUUCUCUUCUCCUAUGCAUUCCCCAGAACCAGACUGCUGCCAUGAGUUGUUGGGUCAUGUUCCCAUGCUGGCUGACAAGGAGUUUGCCCAGUUCUCACAGGAUAUUGGACUGGCUUCUCUUGGAUCAUCUGAAGAGGAGAUUGAGAAACUGGCCACACUUUACUGGUUCACUGUGGAGUUUGGCCUCUGCAAGCAAAAUGGAUUGAUCAAAGCUUAUGGGGCAGGACUGCUUUCAUCUUAUGGGGAGCUGAUGUACGCUUUGUCAAACAAGCCAGAGCACAAGCCUUUUGAUCCAGAAGUGACUGCAGUUCACCCCUAUCAGGAUCAAGCCUUCCAGCCUGUCUAUUUCAUAGCAGAAAAUCUGGAAGAUGCCAAGGUCAAGCUUCAGAACUACACAACGAAGAUCAAGAAGCCUUUUGCUUUGCGCUAUGACCCCUUCACCAGCAGCAUAGAGGUUUUGAAUACACCACACAAAGUCAAGAGGGCACUCCACCAGAUAAAUGAGGAACUGAAAAACUUCUGCUUUGCCCUUGAAAACCUCUCUUAAAACCACAGCAGUACAUCUCACCUGUCACUGAGAUAUUGUAGAUGGUGCUAGCGCUUGAAGGCUUAGAAAUGAAGUUGUGCUUGCAGGCAGAAAUCCUAAAUGCACAAACCACCUCAGUUCAGGUAAUCUUUUCACUGUAAUUUAAGCUGCUAACUUGGAUGAAAUAAUGAGCUUCUGCUUAGAAUGUUUCAAUGACAAACAAGACUUACUCCAAGUUUUGGUAGGUGAUAGGAGCUACAUCUCUUUGUAACACACUUAUGAGACUCUUACAGGUUUUUUUUCCUUCCCUUGACACCUUUUCAUGUUGUCUGUCACAAAAUAGCGUGGUAACUUUUCAUCUACACAGUGUUGCACUUGCUGUCUCAAUGGCAUGACAACAAUUUGUUAGAGGAGCGCUUCUGCUCACUAUUUUUAGGUACUCAUUCAGUAGCGUUGGAAUACGACAAAAUGAUUUCUUGUCACAUUUAAGAUCACAGAAUAUUUGUACCUUCAUUGAAAGAAAAGGCAGAAAAUAAAAGGUCCAAGGUACUCUGGCUCUGCCACAGAUGCAUAAUUUGAAUGGGAAAUUAAACUUCCAGGAAGGAAAUUCUUGUGUAAGGAAAUACUUAUAAAAAGCCCUUUAGCAAAUACCCUUCCAUUGCUUUUUUUCAUGGAAUUCAGAUUCCCCUGGAUACUCUUAGAAAUCUUUGCCUCUUAUUGAUGUCAUGAUGAUUAUAAUAGUGAUCAAAAGGCCAAAUCUAUGGAACACCUGGUGGAAAAGCUAAGAUCAACCACACUAGCAGCUGUAUAGCCUUUCUAUGGGAAAAAUAUCUGGUAUGUUCUGCAAGUCGUCUCACUUUCCAACUCCUGAGAUGUGCCUGAAAUUUAUGUAUGUUCCACAGGUCAUGUUUCCAGUCUUAUUUUUGCCUGUUCCAGACUUUCAUGCAGUUUGUGUCCCCUUCCUUCCUCUACAGUGCACAAAUAGAGGGAAGUUCAGGAAAAGAGAAGGAUGCUCCAGAGCAGAAGGGUUCCCUCUCCUCUUUGCAGCAGUGCAAGCAGAUGGGGUUGAUGCAGGUUACAGGCAUGGCAUAAGAAGGGAAAAUGUGGAUCUCAUGGCUCAAGCUGGGUGAUAGUUAUCUACAAAUGUAAGGGUAGAUUUAUCCUGUGCCACUUAGAAGCUCUACUUAUAUAUUCAAAAUUGUAUUUAGCACAUGGCUGCCUUGUCCACUGCUACCCACCACCUGCUAGUGGAUCCUGUAGGAUCUGAGCUCUGAGGAAAAUGUGAGGUGGUUUGGCUCCUGAUGGAAAAUGAGUUAUUGAGAAAUUAACUACCAUGUCUGCCUGAACUCCUCACUGUGGGAUAGUAACAUGUACACAGACAGUCACCACAGAGCAACCCAGAGGCUGUUACUUCAUACAGACUUUAUCUCACUGUGAUUUUUCCACUUGUCAGGCUCUAUAGAAAUUGUCUAAUUGAAAGUUAAUAGAAUGAUGGUUCUUACAGCUUCAUGUCUACAGCACUUCUGAAAAUUUUUCCAUGAGCAGCAAUAUUCAGGAUCUGUGGAUCUCCUGCAAUUGUUCCAUUUUAUUAAAAUGUGGUGAUGCCUGAAAAAUUUGGAAGCAUCUUGGCAAAAAUGCAUAUGACAUCCCCUUCCUCUUAACAGCAGGAACAUCCCAAGCUCGUUUUUUAUUUUAAUUUUUUAAAAAAUUCUACUCCAGGAGACCACUUGCAUAUCAUAAACCCCGUUUUGCUAGAAAUUCAGCCAGGGACAGAGCUGAAGUGAGUUCCUUUGCAUCCAGUACAUUUCUGCUGUGAUGGAAGAUGAUGUCUCAGCAUGCUUUUAUGGGUUUAGUUCCACUUAUCCUGCUCAUAAACACACACACACACACACACACACACACACACACACACACACACACACUCUCACCAUUCCUCCUCAGAGCAAUUUGUUUUCUUACAUAUUGUAAUAAUUUAUCUGUCUGCUUCUUGCCAAUUGGUGCAUAGGCAAAAAUAUUUGAUAGCUCACAACAUAUUGUUUUCAGAAGUAUUAUUUUCAUCAAUCAGUUCUUUUUCAGUGAAAAUUGAAUCAUGUGCUCAAAUUUUGUGUGUUUUCCUUUUCUUUCUUUUUAAGUAGAAGAUAAUGCCAGAGCGGAAGAGCUAUCAAAAUAUUUUCUAUAGACAGACUCUCUGGGCCAUAGGGUCUUUUUCAUGUAUUCCCUCAGAAACGGUUCAAUGUGGAAUUUAGACUUGAGUUUGGCUAUUACUCAGAACAGACCUAUAUUUGGAAGAAAUGAGAGACCUGAUGGAUUUGUUUUGCCCAAGGCCUCACACUUUCUUUGGAGGGACUCCAGGCCCGCCCACACACCCUUGUCUUUUCCAGGUCCUGUAGCAAGGAGAGAAAAAGAAACCAUUUUGGAGCCAGAUACUCCUACCCUUACACAUGCUGAGUAGUACCCAGCCUCUCAAGCAAUCCCAGCGACAGCACUGAGCCUUUUUAAGGUGCUGCAGACAGGCAAUAAGAGCAAGAUUAUCAAAAUCACUGUGGGUGUACUUGCUUUUUCCUUGCCUUAGUGAUAGUCAGCUGGCAUACAGGGCUAGGGUAGGCUGCAGUGAAACUUGGUGAAGCUGCAAAAGUAAUGGAUUUUGCUACCUGAACUUCUAAGAUGCAUAAAUAUUUUUCUAAAGGAGGUAAAUCUUUCCCUGCUUACUCAGGCAGAACCUACACCAGGCUAGCCAUGCUUGACACUCCCCUCCAAGAAAGUCCAAAUUCUUUUCUUUUGAUUUGGUGUAGUGACAAAACAAAAGCCUUCAGGGUUAUAUCCUUAUGAGUUACACUGGUCAUUCUGCUCUUCCAGUAUUCGUUCUUUCAUUUCCUCACAGAAGCCAACAAGUACCUCAUCCUCCUGUCAGUCUAAGGCAGCAGUGAUGGGAAAGGCAGCAAUGGGGCCUCCUGAUGAAAAUAAUGGCACAGAGGGAAAAGCACCAACCAGUAAAAAUAUGUCUUUUUGUCAGUUUGCGUUUCAGCAGUUUCAUAUUAAUCUUGCACAAAAAGGUUCCAAAGCCAAGUAAAACACAUCUUGUGACUUGAAAAUGAACUGAUGAACUCCCCAUGGGCCCUUUGCUUAUCCCGAUAAACUUAUUUUUCCUAGAUGGAGUGCAUUUAGAACAAAAUAGUGUAUGUUAUUAAAUCUGUACUGUGCUGUUCGGUUAUACAUGGGAGAGUUAGUAAAUUCAGUUUGUGGGUU